CAAUGAGCGAGUGUUCGGCGAGAAGAUCAUCACGGAGGAUCGUCGAACACGAGAAAUGGAUGAAUUGCUAUUUCCGAAAGCUGGCGUCGCUUUACAGAAAGUCACCGUGUCUGUGGAAGAAGGACACGCGGGGUUAUUUGGACAGCGAGUACAGACAUCGUGCUUAUAGUCGCAUUCAUCGAGCCAUGGAGUUGCCGGGGGUGACUUUCGUCGAGAUAGUCUUGAAGAUUCGCGAGAUGCGCCGCCUCUACGUGAACGAACUAAAAAGGUUACUGGGGGCCAAGUCGUACGGCCAUUGUUACGAGAUCUCGCUACCAUGGUUCUACAAUUUGCAUCAAUUUCUCUACCCGUACCUGGAUUACGACGAGGCAGUCGAGUUGCAUAACGUAGACGAAACUUUUGCCAAGAAUGAGAACUGCAGUUGCUUUCGAUGCCUGAUAUCGAGUAGGAACACUCGUAUUGAACAUUUCUUGCCGUCUAGCGCACAACGAACUAUCCCUACUCUGAAUUCGAUUAGUUCCCCUGCCGUCUCUUUGCCAGAGGUCAAGACUCGUCCUCGAACUUGCCCUCGCUCCUGCAGCCGAAUUUCCUAUACUAAGAAACGACUGGACAGAUCUCCUUCCCCCGCAAUCUGCACAACGAUCAGUAGAUGCACUUCCUGUUUGGAACAUCGUGGAGAUAUGGCUGAGAACGAAUUAAGGGACACGCGAGAGGUAAAGUGUCACGAAUUUACAAUCUGCGGAUUACAUAGCACAGCAUCGAGUGACGAUACUUGCGACACUGACUCCGAUCAGUUGGAAACUUUCUCGAUGACUGUGACACGUUGUCUCAGAAAGUUGGAUAAACCGUAUGCGCUUAAAGCGCAGGCAGAAAUUCAACAAAUCUUGGAGAAUAUGCUGAUAAAAUCAAAGAACAAUUCCCCGAAAAGGACUCGUUUACACGAAUCGUCCUACGAUUUGUGAUAAAACGUAUUGCAAGAUCCAAAGCAAGAUCCAGCACGGAACGUAUUGAAGAAAUCCGACGUUCGAUCGCCACCUCCCUCCGUUCAUGCAUAACAGCGCGCGGAUGGUAUCGAUCCGACUUUGGUAGACCGCAGCGUUAUGAUUAGUAUUCAGCGAGUGUCGCAGUCGGCCGGUCGGACAAGGACGAAGAUGGCAAGAUUUGCUCUGGCAAAACGGAGGAUGCGUGCCGCACAUCCUAUCCCUGAUAACAGGUUAUCCUUUGAUCGAAACCCCUCUCGCAAAAAGUCCACGUUCCUGCCGUUAUUGCUACUAAACCGAAAUGCGAUCAGACGAAGUCGCGUUAAUCCUCAAAGCGAAUCAUCGAUUAAGGGAUUAUCAAAGGUUGUAUCGAAUCUCAUUCGCCGUCGACAACGAAUCGACGCGUUGGCUUGGCUUCGAGAUCGAUUACUCGGUGAAAAGAGUUCCGUUCGGAAUGUUCAAGUUUUAUAACGCGACCUCAAAAAAAUCGACGUACUUUCAACAACUCGAGCCUUCGACUUUGCAAGUGGAAAUUCUCGCCAGCAAUUCACAGCAAUUUUUCAUGAAAAAGCAAGUUGGUGAGCGGCGCGGUAAUAAAUCCAGAGGGCCAGCAGGAUUAAGCUUCGCCGGAAACUAUUUUGCUCACCACGAGGCAAAAGGAACACGGGAAAACCCGGGAAAACCCGGAGAUCUGUGGAUAGUGUAGCGAGCAGUCGAGAGAACCUAGAACGAACGGGCAACAUUUAGACCAAUUCUCAAAAUCCCCUUGAUACACGAUGAAACAGGAUUCGAGUGUGCUUGGUCGAAAGACCUCCCAACGCGACUGAACGACUCGCGACUACCUGCCCUGUCUCUCGGCGCGUUUCGCAUGAAAUAAUUGUCGGAACAGUUGAACACUCUCGGCGACAUUUAACGCUGAACAUGUCUAAUUCAUUGGAAACUGUGGUACGCCGCCAACAAACGUCGAGAUCGUUUCCAAAGCGCAUCUGGUUGCGCUAAACGAAGGCUGAUCGAACUUCGCGAAUCCUGUUAACACGUGGCUUUUCGCGAUCUAGCAGCCGCAACUCGAAAUACGAUUUUUAUCAUGGAAGGGACAUCAAAGCAAAUUCCAUCGUUCGCCAAGCGGAAAGGACGAACAAGGAAAAGGGGUAAGAGACAGAGAGAGAGGCAAAGGCGGACAAGGUUAACGGCGCAAGGAGAAAUAGUCGAGGCGAUUGCUGGCAUUCCUGGAUGAAAUCCAUGAACGUGCCAAAUCCGGAAGACCGGAUCUCGUAUAUCGAAGAACCAGCAUGGGAGUACAAUGUUCGGGAGAAAUACGAAGGUCCGGAAAAGGUUCGCCAUAAAUCAAACGCAUCGAUAUUGGCGUUGGUUUAAUAAAUGACCGUAAAGCGUAGAAAAAGGGGAGCACAGUUCGUUCCCCUGUAUUUCCAACGUAUCUGAGACACGUUAUAUAUGAUUUACAUGAGAAAUCAGCGCUAUCACGAAUGUUACUGGUUGAUCGGAACGUUUGCAAAAUAUCCGAUAUUACGACAAAAUACAUUUUAUCCCAUCGCUUUCAACUCUACUGCUCGAUAAGCUCACCUCUCCCUUUCUCUCUCUUUCUCCGUGUCUCUCUCUCUCUCUCUCUCUCUCUCUCUCUCUUUCUCUUUCUCUUGAAAGAAAACAGAAAAUUUUAGUACGAAUGAAGAAAUCAACGUUAUAAGUAACAAUCAUCGAUCAAUGAUUAUGCAUGAACGCAACGUAAAAGUUAUCUGAAACGGAAAAAGCAGCAACUGAAUAGCAAAGUAGUUCACAGACCGUGAUAAAACUCGUUUGAAACUCGUAAAAUGAUUUCCAGUCUAAGUUUGAUACAAUUUGCAUAUGCAGUAUAUGUCAGUAACGUCC